AUGUUCAAGCAGCAGAGAGGUAUUCUGCGUCUCCUGGAGAUCCUGCUCUGUGUCAUACUAAUCACUGUGGUGGGACACAGAAGUCUGUCCUCCAACCCCUGCUGGGUGUGCCCGCUGAGGGAGUUCCUGGACUGGGAUGACCUCACUGCUGGCCUGGUCCUACUGGACACCCUCCUGGUCCUCUCGCCGUCUGUCAUCUACCCACUGUUCUACGUGUGCUGGAGCUGCCCCAUCCCCCUGGUGGCCACCACGCUCACCGCCCAGUGCUCCACAACCUUUGCCCUGGAAGCGGUCACGGCCAAACAGGAGGGCAAGGGCAGCUACCUGUCCACCUUACCAGGGUUCCUGAAAGUCGCAGAGGCGUUUGGGGCGUGCAUCAUAUUUGUGUUCCUUACCGACUACCAGGGAAAUCCAGGAAUGGAGUGGUGUGUGAUCGUCUACUCUGUGUGUUUCCCCUUGACGAUCCUUGUCAUCGUCCUCAACUUCUGUCCCUCUGUAAAACAUCUCCUGCAGCCUCUGGAGGUGUACCUGGCUGGCUUUGACGUCCCGACAAUUCUCCUGUUCACCUCCGCUGCGACCCUGUGGCCCGUUUUCAGCUUCCAGAAAGACCUUGGUCCUUCCAUCUGCCACAACUGA